AAAGCAUUACUGCACUUACGGAUUGCUCAUUAGGAGAGUCACAAAGUCGCAAGAUGGAUUGGAAGAGCUGGUUAACUCCAUGUAGCAUGGAGAAACAUGCCAUUCUGUUCCAUGAGAAUGAGCUAAAUGGGGAGCACAUCCCGGACUUCAACCAUGAUCUGCUCAAAAGCAUCGGUGUCAAAAAUGCAAGCGACAGGAUCAGCAUUUUGAAGCACAGGGAUAGCCAAAUCAGUAAGGCAUCGAAUGAGAAGGUCUCUAAGAUCGUGGGAGAUGCACAGUCGGACAUAAUCUCGCGGCUCAAGCAGAGCGGGGGCAUCAGUGAGGAAGUGCUGAUGGGAUGGGUCAAGGAAAAAUGGCCGAAGUGCCAGAGGAAUAUUUUGGUAAAGCAAGGGUAUCUUACCAAAGAUGCGCCAGGCCAAGGCCUUGCCGCUAUCUCAGAUGAACACAGAACGGAAUCCGGGAAGAUGCUGCUCGAAAAUGCAAAGGAUAUGGUGUGGGCUCUGCUGUUUGGAGACGCAGAGAGCAGCGUGAACCUUGACAGAGAUCAAAGAGAGCUUCUUUCUCUCACAGUUCCACAGAAGAAAGCAUACGCUUUCAACUUCUUCCAGGCGGUGACCGAGGUGGGCGUCUCGGGGACAUGGCGAGAUCCGGACAACGUGAGUAACGACAUUGGUGCACAUAACAUCCUGCUUCAGAUCGAGUUCGGCGACACAAGCUCCGAGCUUGUUGGAGAUGGAAUCAUGGUGUGCAUUCACCUCAUUAAUCUUCUCCAAGUCAACGAGCAGGUCCUGUAUGCUCGCAUGUCCAAUGUCGAGCAGAGCACCCUGCUCACAUCCCUCUACUUCCGGAAAUGAAUCCACCCAAAAGCUUCUUCUGUGACGAAUCAACCAAGUUCUGCUCAACGAUUUACGGUCUGGAAGCUCAAUAAUUAAAUUUCAUUUUAAGUUUGAAGAUAUUAAAUAAAUUCAAAUGAACUUGGAUCGCA